GUCAUUUUUAUCGCAAGACGAAGCCUCGGAGGGUUCAGUAGUCACGCAGACGCCGAAGGAGAACGUUCAACCAACGCUGAAACGUUCACAGUAGGAAACCAACGUAUUUCAGAGUCAACACUAUAUUUACAAGCGAGCCAGAGGCAGAGGUGAAGUUUUACUCGCUUGUUUGUAGCGAUUCGUAAAGCCUGUGACUACGCGGCUUUGUCUUCUCAAAUACCCGGUAUGGCUUCGCUAAGCUGUAGCAACAGAUUUCAAGUGCUCUGUUAUGAGCAAGUGGCCAGGCUGCAUGAAGUUAUGGAAGACGUCAUUCCCAUUCAUGGACGAGGUAACUUCCCUACCCUCGAUGUCAAGUUGAAAGAUCUUGUUCAAGUCGUGAAAGACAAACUGACAGCAGAUGGUGUCAUUGUAAGGGACAUUCGUCUCAAUGGGGGCGCCGCCAGUUACAUUCUCGGCACAUCAAAUGCUCAAGAAUUCAAUGAUGUUGAUUUGAUUUUCGGUGUGGAUUUGUCGAACCAUAAUGAGCUUCAGAAAAUUCGCAAUUGUGUGCUUGGAUGCAUCGUGAAUUUCCUUCCAGAUGGCACUAGCAGGGACAAAAUAAGCAGCUGUACUUUGAAGGAAGCCUAUGUGCAAAAAAUGGUGAAGGUUUGUAAUGAACACGGGGAUAGGUGGAGUUUAAUUUCUUUAUCCCACAAGACCAGAAAAAACGUGGAACUGAAAUUUGUGGAUAAGAUGAAGCGCCAGUUUGAGUUCAGUGUCGAUUCCUUUCAAAUUAUCCUGGAUAGCCUUAUUACAUUUUAUGACAUUUCCAAGGCUCCAAUGAGUGAACACUUUUAUCCUACCAUCAUUGCUGAAAGUUUGUAUGGUGAUUUCUCUGAAGCCUGGUACCAUCUGGAUAAUAAACUUAUUGCAACAAGGAACCCGGAGGAAAUAAGGGGUGGUGGUCUGCUCAAAUACUGUAAUCUUCUUGUCAGGGGUUACACCCCAGCAAAUGAAAUUGAUAUUCGGACGAUGGAGAGAUACAUGUGUUCGCGUUUCUUCAUUGAUUUUAGUGACAUAAACCAGCAACGUCAGAAACUGGAAGCCUAUCUGGUCAAUCACUUCAACGGUGAUGAGGAUAUGAAGUAUGAGUACCUCACAACCCUUUAUCGUGUCGUUGAUGAAAGCACCAUCUGCCUUAUGGGCCAUGAGCGGCGGCAGACGCUCAACCUCAUUCACCAGCUAGCUUACCAAGUGUACAUGGCUCAAGAACGGAAGGCCCAAGUCAAAUGUGUGGAGCUGCAUCAGUUAGAUCAACUCAACAACCUAGUCAUUGACCAGGUUUUCUAUGGGCCUUUUGACACCAAUGGCAGUAGCAACCAAUUUUACAACUACCCAAUGCCUUCCUCUUCUUACCACCAGAUCAGCAAUUCUUCCUCUUGCCCGUACUGCCCCCCGUACCUUCACUGCUCCUAAUAGUCCUAGGGAAGGAUGCAAGGGUCGGCAUUGCCACAAGGGUAUGUCGACCAAGUGUUUUUGUGCAAAAAAAAGACAAAUAAGAGGACAUCUGUAACUUCUCUUCGUUAUAUUCAGUUCACAUAGCACUUGGUUCAGCAUUGUUUCGCAAUCAGGAUCUCAAUUCUCUUGGAUCUUAAAUUUCGUCUUAAGAGGGUUUUUCCCCCCCUCUGACUAUUAGUUUGGUUUUUCAGAUUAUUUGUUCAAGGAACUGAAAAACAAGAAGAAUAUGUUCCUGGGCUGGCUUAUAUUUUCCUUGUUUCACUGUGUUUGAGAAAUAUUAUUUCUUUCUUUUGCAAACUGUGUUAGCAUACACGUUAUAUUGAUACUUGGAUGAAUUCAACAUCUAUACUGCUGCAACAAUUACAAAAUUAACCUUCCCAUGACAUGAUAUUCUGGGAGUUCAGGAUGCAUUGUGUGUAUGUACAUAAACAUUAUUGGUGAUUUUAGUAGUCAGUGGUUGUAAAGUUGACCAAGCAAAAAGGUAUGAAAUUAUUUCAACCAUCUGUUUCUACUAAUAUUGCUGCCUUCACUUUACAUUACUUUAGUUUAUAUCUGAAGAGUCUUCAGAAGAUUAUUUUUUUUCCACUUUCAGUUGUAAUGGACUUGAUGCUGAAUUGAAGCACUUGUCAGUGGUUUACAGUAACUUACAAAGUAAAUUUUCAGGAGACAAGUGAGCCUGGGAUCAUGUACAAAGAAGUUUGUUAUCUUGUAGAGAAGUGCAGUGAAAAUUUUUGGUCCACAGGACCUUUUGUUACUUGUCAGACAUUAACUCAUUAUAUCUUUUUGAGAAGGAACUGGGGUGAUGUAUUUUCUUUACCCAAAAGAAAAAAAAAUGCUAAAAAUGUGUUUAUUGGAUUGCUGAAAGUUUCACUGGUCUAGACUGAAAAAAAGUUGGGUUUAAUCUGUUUUACCAGUUGAGAGUUAAUUAAGUGUCAGUAAUUCCAUCUCAGCUUACUUCAGCUUUUGAAACAUGUCAAGUCGG